AUGGACAUGAUCUGCUACAAUUCCAAUUCUGCUGUGAUUUCCUCAGAAUGUGCACAAAGAUCAGUUGUAGAGGAGAGAUACAAUGGCGAUACAAUUAAGAUAAUCGAGUUUGGGGAUGGAGAAGACUGGAAUGAUACAGAAUCUGAUGAAAAUACAAUAAUAACUGACCCUAAUCACAUAGAUGUAGAAAAAGGUCAAAUUUAUAAAGAGAAGGCAACGAUAAUCAAAGUCAUGAGGCACUUGGCAGUAAAGGAAAAAUUUCAGUUUAAGGUGCAUAGAUCAAGUGAAAGCAAGUACUGCCUAGUAUGCAUCAACAACAACUGUGAUUGGUAUUUUAAGUCUUUGAGCCUGAAAAAAGCAAACGUUUUCAAGGUCAGAAAUUUCAGCAAAGUGCACUCAUGCCCCCUGAAAGACAGAUCUUACGCACAACUUCAAGCUACUGCAAAACUCAUCGACAGUCUUCUGAUAGACAAGUAUAAAGACCCAAACAUAAUAUACACUCCUAAUGACAUAAUUGGAGACAUGAACAAGCCGUAUGGUCUUCAGAUGACAUAUAUGCAAUCAUGGAGAUCGAAAAAAUAUGCAGUUCAAGUACUGAGAGGGAACCCGAGCGAAUCAUAUGAAAAGCUGCCAAGCUACAUUUAUAUGCUGGUUCUUACAAAUCCAAUGUCGGUGGUAAGUUUGAAAAAAACAGAGGAAGACUUGUUCAUGUAUGCUUUCGUUGCACUAUAUCCGUCUAUAAAAGGAUGGCAGUAUUGCAAACCGGUUGUUGUUGUAGAUGGAACCUUUCUUAAAUCGGCAUAUAGAGGAACAUUAUUGAUAGCAUCAACACAAGAUCCGGCAGGUAAUAUCCUACCACUCGCAUAUGCCAUAGUAGAUUCAGAGAAUAAUGCUUCUUGGGAGUGGUUUUUUGCGAGAUUCAAGGAUGCAUUUGGGGAAAGGGAGGGAAUGUGCAUAGUCUCGGACAUGCAUGAAGGCAUUGAAAAUGCAGCGGCAACAUUGUAUCCACAAGUACCUCAUUCUGUCUGCAUAUGGCAUCUAUGGAAUAAUGUAAAAAAAAACUACAAAAAAAAAAACUAUUUGCUGCUCAAAGACAUAUUCUUUGCUCUGGCCAAAACAUACACAGUUGAGAAGUUUGAUUACUACUUGGCAGAGGUAGAGAAAAUUUAUAAGAGGCUCAAAGAUUACUUAAUGAAUGUUGGGUAA